AUGCCGGCGCUUGAUUUAAAGGGAUGUCUGGAAGACUCUCCCAAAUUCAGAAGACGCGUGAACGCCCAUGAGGAAACCAUCCAACAUUUCGAGUCGUCGUUGAAAGUUCUCCUGAAACUAUCCCGUUCGCAAGUGAGCUUGUACGAAGAGUACAGCCUACGACAGCAAGAACUGGCACUGGGAUUCGUAUCGUUUGGCCAAUCUCAAGAUGACCCGAUCGUUGCGUACGCACUUGAAAAGUUUGGGAAAUCGUUACUCGAGGUGGAGAAGUGUCGAAAUAUGUUUAAUGCACACGUCGAGACCACUUUUAUUGAACCUUUGGAGAAGUUCAUGAAGGAGACAAUUGCACCCGUCAAGGAAGCAAAGAAGCGUUUCGAGAGAUCCAGCGAUGAUUUGGAUUCAGCGUUAUCCAAGUACAUGGGGAAAAAGCCUAGAGAUCCGACGAUCAACGAGUCAGCAAAUGAGCUUGCAGAUACAAGAAAGCAAUUUCAUCAAGUCUAUAUGGAUUAUGUGCAAAAGUUGAACGAUGUGGAAGCUAAAAAGAAGGUGGAUUACAUGGAAGAUAUUCUUGCAUAUAUGUAUACCAAAUCAUCAUUCCAUCACCAAAGUUACGAGAUCCUCAAAGAUUUGGAGCCUUAUAUGCGCGAUUUGACAGGCUUGUUGCACGACUCGCGACAACGAUACAAUGAAGAAUCGGUGGAGAGCCACGAUUAUCAGACUUCAUGGGCACAGAACAAUACCGCUGAUUACAACCCCACGUUGAACGAGAGCACAGCAUCAUUAUCGAAUUCAAGAUCAGGACCUGUAGCAAAAGCAGGCUAUCUUUUUGAACGUCGUGGAGGCCGUGUAUUGCAAACAUGGGUGCGUAAAUAUUUCACCAUCGAAGGAGAAGAGUUGCAUUGCACAAUGCGUGGACCAAAGCCCAAGGAUGAUGAUUUGCCUUCCUCAUACAACCUCCGAGUAUGCAGCGUCAAACUCACUGACAGCUAUGAUCGACGUUUUUGCUUUGAAGUCAUCUCACCAUCUCGCGUCCUUGUAUUGCAAGCAGAGAAUGAGCAGGAUAUGCUUGAUUGGGUACAAUCGUUGAAGGCAGCAAGCCAAAUGGCACUCAAUUCGGAUAAGGCCAUGCCUGAACCCCUGUUGCCUAUGCAAACGGGUGGCACGGAUACAUCAUCUCAGUCGAAACAAAGACCCUUCACGCCAACUCAUUCAGACGCAGAACAACAGCUAUUGAGAACAUUGCGUGAAGAACCAGGGAACCAACAAUGCGCGGAUUGUGGUGCCGAAAAUCCAGAGUGGGCGAGCACCAAUUUGGGCGUCAUUGUAUGCAUCGAAUGUUCAGGUAUCCAUCGAAGCCUUGGUGUACACGUGAGCAAAGUCAGAUCCAUCGCCUUGGAUAAAUGGGAACCUGAAUCCAUAGAGGUGAUGCUUCGUUUGGGCAACACGGUCGCAAAUGGAAUAUUUCAAGAGUAUGUGCCUCAAGACAUGGAAGCGUUUCGAAUUGAUUCAACGUCAUCAAGGCCGGAGCGUGAUCUUUGGAUUACGGAGAAAUAUGUGAAGCGCUCGUUUGUAGCACAUGCAAACAAUCCAGCAUCGCUUGAUCAAGCCUUUUGGGAUGCCAUUGCUGAGUCUCAACUUGGAGAUGCACUUCGUUGCCUCGUACAAGGUGCCAAAGUGGACUACAAGAAUGAUAACCAACAACUACAGACCGCAUUACAAAAAGCUGUGGAUCAAGAUGAUGAGGUUUUGACUGAAUUUUUACUUCAAUGGCACAGCGAUGUCAAUGAGACGGAUGAAAACGGAUGGACGGCUUUACAUUAUGCUGCAGCAAACAAUAGCGUACGCUUGGUGCUGGCUUUAUUAAAACGACAUGCCAAGGCUGAUAUACAAGAUAAAUGUGACAAGACACCACUUGAUCUAGCAGUGGAUCGACAAAAUGUACAAGCCGUUACAGCUUUACGACUUUUCGCAUUUGAUAAACAGCAUAAUUCAUCACCAGCCAGCUCACUGGAUUUCGGUUUUCGAGAAGCCAUGUCCUCUUUCAAGCACACCAGUGUCCCUGUAGAUCAUGGGGCUGCAUCGGCUAUGGAUAUACGCCAAGCACACUCGGAUACCUCUUCACCAGAAAAGGAGAAAACAGUUAUUCUUAAUGAUGACCAAAACCAUGCACUGCUUCACCCCAAAGGCAGCUAG